AGGCUACGCCUCUGUCGCCGGCUGACACCGAGGCCCCGCGCCCCGGACCUCCUGCUAUAAAUACCGUGCGGAUUUCUGCCUCCAGAGCCAGGCCAUCGCCAUUGCCGUCGCCGUGUUCUUGGACUCUGUUCGUGUCGUCGUUGAACCUCCUGCUGUUUCAAGGGUUUUUUUUUUUGGUGAGGCUGAUCGGGGAAGAAGAUGACGAUCACCAUUGAACAGCCCCAGCUCGAUGCGGUGGCGGAGAGGAAGGUCGCCGCCGGCGCCAACCCGGCGGAGCUGGUGCUGGACGGCGGCUUCAUCGUGCCGGACGCCAACGCCUUCGGCAAAACCUUCAGGGACUACGAUGCGGAGUCGGAGCGGAAGGAGACGGUGGAGGAGUUCUACCGCGUGAACCACAUCCGGCAGACGCACGAGUUCGUGUCCCGGAUGCGCGGCGAGUACGGGCGGCUGGACAAGACGGAGAUGGGCAUCUGGGAGUGCAUCGAGCUGCUCAACGAGUUCGUGGACGACAGCGACCCGGACCUGGACAUGCCCCAGAUCGAGCACCUCCUCCAGACCGCCGAGGCCAUCCGCAAGGACUACCCCGACCAGGACUGGCUCCACCUCACCGGCCUCAUCCACGACCUGGGCAAGGUGCUGCUCCACCCAACCUUUGGGGAGCUCCCACAGUGGGCAGUCGUUGGUGACACCUUUCCUGUCGGCUGCGCAUACGACGAGUGCAACGUCCACUUCAAGUACUUCAAGGAGAACCCUGACUACCACAACCCCAAGUUCAACACCAAGUUCGGGGUCUACUCCGAGGGCUGCGGCCUCGACAACGUGCUCAUGUCAUGGGGCCAUGACGACUACAUGUACCUGGUGGCCAAGGAGAACAAGACCACCCUUCCUUCCGCGGGGCUGUUCAUCAUCAGAUAUCACUCAUUCUACCCUCUGCACAAGCAUGGAGCCUACACGCACCUGAUGAACGAUGAGGACAAGGAGAACCUCAAGUGGCUGCAUGUGUUCAACAAGUAUGACUUGUACAGCAAGAGCAACGUCAGGAUAGAUGUGGAGAAGGUGAAGCCCUACUACAUGUCCCUCAUCAACAAGUACUUCCCGGAGAAGCUGAGAUGGUGAAAAUAAAGGGCACCCAGGAGGGGAACCAAAGGGUUGUUCCAAGACUCCAUAUACCGUAGACUGCAUAUAUAGCACAAUGUGUCAUGUAUGAACAUUUUCAUACCUGAGUCGAGUCAAGAGUGUACCCAUUUGUGUCGUGCAGAUCGGAUAUACGGUUUCGAAUAAAAGUUUCUGCAUUUGUUCUUUGCAGUAGGUGA